AGCGCCCGGCCCGGCCGGCACCGCGGGGCUCCCGAGCUCUGCGCCCCGGCUGCGCUGCGCCCCGGGAUCCGUCUCGUCGCUCAGAGCGCGACGCACGCGUCCACGUAACCUGAGGACAAUGGAUCCAGAAGAGAGGCAGGACAUGCCCCACGUCACAGGGAAGGACAGCCCUCCGGUCAGUGACACUCCAGAUGACAGUGAUGAGCCCAUGCCUGUCCCCGAGGACCUUUCCACCAGCUCUGGGGGACAGCAGAAUUCCAAGGGCGACAGAGGCAUGGUUGCAUUUGGGGCUGCUGGCUUUAGGGACUUUCAUGCACUAAUUCCCAAAGCUUUCUCCCCCAGUAAUGUUAAAGUAGAGACUCAGAGUGAUGAAGAGAAUGGGCGUGGCUGUGAAGUGAAUGGGGAAGAAUGUGCGGAGGAUUUACGAAUGCUUGAUGCCUCGGGAGAGAAAAUGAAUGGCUCUCACAGGGACCAAGGCGGCGCGGCUCUGUCGGGACUCGGCGGCAUCCGGCUGCCUAACGGGAAGCUCAAGUGCGAUGUCUGUGGCAUUAUCUGCAUCGGGCCCAAUGUGCUCAUGGUCCACAAGAGGAGCCACACGGGAGAGCGACCCUUCCAGUGCAAUCAGUGCGGGGCCUCCUUCACCCAGAAAGGGAACCUGCUGCGCCACAUCAAGCUGCACUCCGGGGAGAAGCCCUUCAAGUGCCACCUCUGCAACUAUGCCUGCCGCCGGAGGGACGCGCUCACCGGUCACCUGCGGACGCACUCGGUUGGUAAACCUCACAAAUGUGGAUAUUGUGGCCGAAGCUAUAAACAGCGAAGCUCUUUAGAGGAACAUAAAGAGCGCUGCCACAACUACUUGGAAAGCAUGGGCCUUCCAGGCACGCUGUACCCAGUCAUUAAAGAAGAAACUAAUCACAGUGAGAUGGCAGAAGACCUGUGCAAGAUAGGAUCAGAGAGAUCCCUCGUGCUGGACAGAAUAGCAAGUAACGUCGCCAAACGUAAGAGCUCUAUGCCUCAGAAAUUUCUUGGGGACAAGUGCCUAUCGGACCUGCCCUAUGACAGCAGCGGCAGCUAUGAGAAGGACAACGAGAUGAUGACAUCACAUGUGAUGGACCAGGCCAUCAACAAUGCCAUCAACUACCUGGGUGCCGAGUCCCUGCGGCCCCUGGUGCAGACGCCGCCCGGGAGCACCGAGGUAGUGCCCGUCAUCAGCCCACUGUACCCGCUGCACAAGCCCGGGCCCGAGGGCCCCCCGCGGCCGCCGCCCUCGGCGCAGGACAGCGCGGUGGAGAACUUGCUGCUGCUGUCCAAAGCCAAGUGCGCGUCCUCGGAGCGCGAGGCGUCGCCCAGCAACAGCUGCCAAGACUCCACGGACACGGAGAGCAACACGGAGGAGCAGCGGGGCGGCCUCAUCUACCUGAGCAGUCACCUGGGCCCCCACGCGCGCAACGGGCUGGCACUCAAGGAGGAGCAGCGCGCCUUCGAGGGCGCGCACGACGCCUUCCGAGUGCUCAGCACGAGCGGCGAGCAGGUCAAGGCCUACAGGUGCGAACACUGCCGCGUGCUCUUCCUCGACCACGUCAUGUACACCAUCCACAUGGGCUGCCAUGGCUUCCGCGACCCCUUCGAGUGCAACAUGUGCGGCUACCACAGCCAGGACAGGUACGAGUUCUCCUCACACAUCACGCGCGGCGAGCACCGCUUCCCCAUGAGCUAAAGCGCUGCCGCUGCCCGCCCACCGCCUCCCUGGACCCACUGGACAAGCGUCUCGUACAUGGCUUCCGUCUCCUUUUGAACUGGGUGGUUGGGUUAGUUGAUUUCCUUGGGAACGCAGGAUUUUGAUAGACACAGUGUUGCGUUGGACGCACCCCAAGUUCCAUCCUGCUGGAAGCUUCUGGAGACUUCUAGCUGAAUCCCCGCAUCAGUCACUCCCUGGCUUGUCCUCCAAAGUGAGCCUGAAUUUUCCCAGAGAAUGAAAAAUAACACAAGGCAGAGCCUGGAAAGGAGUGAGGUGGUCCCAGCGCAGCAGGCACAGCCCUCCAAGGCGUAGUGUCCCCGUCAGCCAACAAAAGAGCCAUAGGGAAGAGACAGCAGCCUGGACCCGGGGCCAUGGCCCUGGGCCACCUGCGUCUGGGGCAGGUGUUAUUGGGCCUGGGGGAAGGGAAGGGAGGGUCGAGCACCACAGAGCCUGUCUUCUGGUUUCUGGCGUCCCAAGGUUGCCUGGGUGGCAUGGCGCCUCCAGAGGCUGUAGUGAGGUAGGCGGGCCCAGUGGUCCUGGGGACACACGCAGGAGCCCUGUUUCUGCUUCCUCAUUCUCUGUCCCAUGGAGGCCUGAAGUCUGUCACUGCCACCACCAGCCCUGGAACUCGAACCUGCGUUCUCUGUGGGCCUCUCACAGUCAGCGUCCUCGGAAACCAAAGCUUCUCUCAAAGGCCGCACUCUUUUUUUCUGCCUCUCUGCUCCUCCUCUGGCUGCUUCUGCCCCAGCCCAGGGUCCAUCCUCCUGCCCUGCCCUCUUGGGCACCUUGGCGGCCCUAGGGGGUGCAGUGUGCUGCCCCUCCCUCCACCUCCUGGCCAGCCUGCUGUAGUUCAGGGACACACAGAGGGUGAUUCUUGUGGCUACUCAGUUUUCUGUCAAGGGAAGGUGGAGAGCCCAGCACUGAGCCGCUCACAUGCAGAACUCCCCUGUUGGAAGCUAAAUUGGGGCAGAUUCAGAAACUCCACCGUGAAGCAAAAGUAGUGCAUAUGCCCCCAGAAAUGGGAAGUGCAGGCGCCUUGCCUUUAUCCCCGAGGGGCAGUGCCAUAUCUGUGCAGGCUCCAGGGAGGGAAGCCCACCUGGUCCCACAGGACAGGGCCACUGGCAGGAAGGGAGGACCAGGUACAACAGGGGACAGUAACGGGACAAUGGCUGUGUCUCUGCCUCAGUCCUGUCACUGAGGUCUUACUUGCCGCCAAAAAAUCACUGAUGGCUCUAAGUGUUUACAGUUCUGGUCUCCACCCAGACUGUCAGAAGUGCACACAGGAUAUAGAGAGGACUGUGGGUGGGCACCCCCACAUCUGCAGCAGCCAGGGCUCCUGUGUCAGGCAGGACGGCCGCGUGGCUCCUUCCUUGGGGUCGCUCCUGGGUCACCCAGGAGCAGCCUCGGUCGCUACCCAAAAUGGCUCCCCAGAGGCAAACUUGAGUGAGCUCAGGGAAUUAAUCCUAAGCCCAUGGAGGUCUGGGAAGCUCCCUGAAGACAGCACCCGAAGCCUUGCCCUGCCAGCAGGCUCUGGCCGGGCCUGUGCCCCUCUGUCAGGAGCAGCAGGUCCACAUGAGUCACGGCACGAGAGCUGUGCUGACAGGGCCAGGCCCGGGGGAGUCAGCCUUGAGUCCUAGCACAGUGCAGUGUUCUGAACCUGGAAAUAAAAUUGUGGUUGUGCUAAUGUGUGUCUGCCACCCCAGCACUGAGUGAAGAGAGGACCCCGGGCUGCCACUCAGAGACAGGUGCCACACCUCAUCCACACCCUCUCCUUGGCCCAGGUGGCCCCAGCUGCUGGUAGACUUCGCCACCUCCCCUUCGCUGUCACUCAUCCCAGUCACUUGUUAAGGAGAUCAUUUUCCAGUGGCUUUCAGCAGAGCUUCACCCAGAGCUGUACAUAGUAUCAGCAGGUGCUCUUGCUAGGAUGCUUUGUCCCUUCCUCCCCCUCCUCCCUCCUCCCUGGUCCCUCUGUCCCUCCGUCCCUCCAUCCCUCCCUUCCUUUCUUUCUCCCUUUCAUGUACUGGUACUGGACCCAAGGCCUUUGCGACAAAUUGCAUCUUCAGUCUGUUUUUUAACCUUUUUUUUUUUUUUUUAACGUCUGAGACAGGGUCUCACUGAGUUGCCUAGA